AUGUUGUGCGUAAGAUGUGAACCUGUCGUUAUGUCUCUGAAGACGCUGAUCAUAUUCCUGUCGCUAGAGGUCGUUUAUGGGUCCUCCAUGGGAACAAUGGCGGACAUGCAAAGACUGAAUGACACUUUGUUCCGAGAUUACACACCCGAGUUCCGACCAGCGUUUUACCUAAACCACACAGUAGACGUCCACAUUCUGUAUAACCUGUUUUCUUUCAUUAGCUUCAGCGUGAUUACUGAGACAAUCUCAUUGUCUGGAGCUUUGCAGAUGAGUUGGACAGACUACCGACUUGCGUGGGAUCCGGAAGAUUUUGGGGGCGUGGAUGGUAUUGUGUUACCGGCUUCCCAGGUAUGGUACCCCAAGAUCGUACUUCUGACGGGUAUGGACAAUAUACAGCAGGUGGGAUCUGAAGACUUCGACGUCUACGUAGAUCACAGCGGCAGAGUGUUGUGGGUUCCGGGAGGCGUUCUCGUGUCGUCGUGCAAAACAAACAUGCGUGACUUUCCCAGGGACUAUCAAACUUGUAUGCUAAUCUUAAAUAACAUGAUAUACACUAAAGAGGAGAUGAGACUCAUCCCUCACCAAUUAUCUGUAAAUAUGGAUUUCUACACAAAGAAUGGCGAAUGGGACGUAAUCUGGACUAACGUUUCGGACAAGGUUGACAAAUACAAGGACUUGACGUCGAUUUCGUUUCUCUCUAUAACAAUUGGCAUGAUCCGGAAGUCGGAUUAUUUCAUCAUCAACAUGCUUGUUCCGGUCGCGGUUCUCUGCAUAUUAGAUGCCUUUGUAUUUUUGAUCCCCAUUGGGGCUAGUGAUAGAGUUUCGUUUUCCUUGACCCUUUUUUUGUCGCUGACAGUAUAUAUGUCCGUGAUGGGGUCAUAUUUACCAACGACAUCGGAACCAUUGGCAGGAAUGACAUAUUUCUUGUUGGCAUCGGAACUACACAGUACUAUGGUAAUUUUGAUGACUAUAGCAACCAUUCGUUUAAACGAAUAUGAGCAACUGCCAACUUGGUUGAUUCGGCUGUGUCGACUAGUAAAUAGGAAAAACAGACAGAAAAGUAGGUCCUCACAAAAAUCUGCUGACAAAGACUAUGAAAAUAUGCCGUUGGACAGGGUUGUUCCUGAUUCUACUGAUGGGAACGACUCCGAUAUAUUGACUAAAAUGUCUGUGUUAAGUGCUUUUGACAAAUUUCUGUUUUUUAUAUCCUUGUCUACAAUGAUACUGAUGUGCAUUGUAUUUUCAAUGGUUUACCUUCAACACGAACAUGAUCAGGAAUAA